CUUGAGGGCAGAGAGGUUAGGAAGCCGGCAUGGCGAUCCGGUCAAUAAAAUCGAUAGCUGGAAGCUGCCUGUGUUCCAGGCAAAGGCGGUGCAGUCGCAGCGCCGCCAUUUUCCCCGAAGGCAUCUUCCGGUGCCUUUCACCCAAGUUCGGGCAGGAGUUUCCUGAAUAACAGCGAAAGGUUUCCGUUAGCCCUGCGGGCGUCUGAUUCAGAUUCCCUCCGAGCCUCGCCGGCCACGUUCAGCACUGGUUCGGUGGGGGCUCCUAAAUCCCAGGGCCUGCCAGCGCCCAAGGGCUGCAGCCAGGACCGGGAAGGCCGUAGGGCGCCGGCUUCUCGGGUCCAAUGGCGCCGCCUUCGGCUCCCCUAGCUGCGGGGGGAGCAGGACAGGAUAGAUCCAGUCGGAGAAGGGGAAGGAGGCCGAGGGCUGUGAAGUUCGUGGACGUGGCCGUGUACUUCUCCCCGGAGGAGUGGGGGUAUCUGCGGCCCGGGCAGAGGGCCCUGUACCGGGACGUGAUGCGUGAGACCUACGGCCACCUGGGCGCGCUCGGGUGCGCAGGUCCCAAACCAGCCCUCAUCUCCUGGUUGGAACGAAAUACCGAUGAUUGGGAACCAGCUGCCCUAGACCCGCAGGAGAACGGAAGAGGGGUAACGGUCCAGAGAAAAACCAGAACCAGAAAGAAGAAUGGGGAGAAGGAAGUAUUCCCACCUAAGGAGGCACCCCGCAAGGGAAAGCGAGGCCGGCGGCCUAGUAAACCCCGAUUGAUUCCCAGGCAGACAUCUGGGGGCCCCAUCUGCCCAGAUUGUGGCUGUACCUUCCCUGAUCGCCCGGCCCUGGAGAGUCACAAGUGUGCUCAGAAUCUGAAAAAGCCUUACCCUUGCCCAGACUGUGGGCGCCGCUUUUCCUACCCAUCCCUGCUAGUCAGUCACCGGCGGGCACACUCUGGUGAGUGCCCCUAUGUUUGUGACCAGUGUGGCAAACGUUUCUCCCAGCGCAAAAACCUCUCUCAGCACCAGGUUAUCCAUACAGGCGAGAAGCCCUACCACUGCCCUGACUGUGGCCGCUGCUUCCGUAGGAGCAGGUCUUUAGCCAAUCACCGGACCACGCACACAGGCGAGAAACCCCACCAGUGUCCCAGCUGUGGACGUCGCUUUGCCUACCCCUCCCUGCUAGCCAUCCACCAGCGAACACACACAGGAGAGAAGCCCUACACCUGCCUAGAAUGUAACCGCCGCUUCCGCCAGCGCACUGCCCUAGUCAUUCACCAACGCAUCCACACUGGUGAGAAGCCCUACCCAUGUCCAGACUGUGAACGGCGUUUCUCCUCCUCCUCUCGCUUGGUCAGUCAUCGGCGUGUACACUCUGGCGAGCGUCCCUAUGCCUGCGAUCACUGUGAGGCCCGCUUCUCCCAGCGUAGUACACUGCUCCAGCACCAGCUCUUGCACACAGGAGAGAAGCCCUAUCCCUGCCCAGAUUGUGGACGUGCCUUCCGGCGGAGCGGCUCCCUGGCCAUACAUCGCAGCACGCACACUGAGGAGAAACUGCAUGCCUGUGAUGACUGUGGCCGCCGCUUUGCCUACCCCUCACUGCUGGCUAGUCACCGGCGUGUGCACUCAGGCGAGCGGCCCUAUGCCUGUGACCUUUGCUCCAAGCGGUUUGCCCAGUGGAGCCAUCUAGCUCAACACCAACUACUGCAUACUGGGGAGAAGCCUUUCCCCUGCCUAGAGUGUGGCCGAUGCUUCCGCCAGAGGUGGUCUCUGGCUGUCCACAAGUGUAGCCCCAGGGCCCAAAACUGUAGCCCUAGAUCUGCUCUUGGGGGGCCAAGCCAGAAGGGCAGUGCCCUUUAGAAUGGGAAAGACUGCAUAUGUUCAUUUCACUUCAUGGAAAGGUCCAGAAAAGAGAAAGAGGAGCCCUAGGUCACACAGGGCAGAGUCAGAACUAAAACCCAGGUCUCCUGCUGCACAGCUAUGUGUAUCUAGGACAGUCCCAGUAGGAGUGGUGAUAUUUUGUUAACAUUUUACAAGCUACCGUAGCCUAGCUUAUUUCAGAGGCUGCCUGCUUUUCUAGUUUGUGCAUAUAGGGAUUUACUGUUCCCUUGCAUGCAGUCAGGAGAAUCCCAUUUAUAGGAGCAGGACCUUCUCCUACUCUGCCUCUAACUCUAUACCAGGUUGGAAAAGCCUGGUUUGGCCCACUUUUUAUAACACUCCUGCCAAGUAGUCUUGUUUGAAAACUUCCCUUGACAGGGUGACUCACUACCUCACAAGGCAGGUCAUUUCAUGUGGGAUAGCGCUGGUCUUUAGAAGGUUGUCAAGUACCACAUUCUCGUCUCUAAACCUUGUAUAGAAUAUGUUUAAAUACUUCAUCUAGGCCAGGUACAGUGGCUCAUGCCUGUAAUCUUAGCACUCUAGGAGGUUGA